AGAGUGUUGGACCUGCAGCCUGCAGAACAACAGACAGCGAGAGAGAAAGAGAGAGCAGCAAACACACUCAGAGAGGGUAACCUUAACUCACAGAGACAGAGAAGCAGGAACCAGAAGCAUGUUUCACCGCAGGCUCCCUGAAGCAGUGUGUGUGCUAUCGGUCUGUGUGUGUGUGUGUUUAGCGGUGGCCUACGAGGAUGACAUUGAGAUCAACUUCGCUGACUCUUACUUCAAUGAAAUCACUGAAGUGGACGCACCAGAAGUCACACCAAGUACAGCCCCCUGCGGUACUCCAGAUCUGACAAAAUGGGAGAAAAUCUUCACCAUGUUGGAGAACAGCCAGAUGAGGGAGAACAUGCUGCUUCAAUAUACUGAUGAAAUCAUCAAGGUGGAGAUGGGGUCACUGCGUGGUGAAAUACUCAGGCUCGUAGCCCAGUACGGUGGGUCCUGUGGGUCUGCAGUGGAGGCUACAGGAAAACGGAUGGCUUUGCAGCUGGAGGCUCAUCUCAAAGAGACUCUAGAGCAACAUAAAAUUGGUGGUCAGACCUCUGCUGCUGGGAACUCUGUGGAGAAUUUCCACCACCUGGAGGCCUUGCUACAGCAGCUGCUCUCCGCGGUGCGUACACAGUCAUCCCGUCUCUCCAAGCUGGAGAGCAGCUGCCUCAGCGGCCCAGCAGGAGCUGGGAUAAGGACGAUGACCAAGAAUGGAUUCCAUCUCCAAGGGGGCGAAGUGACUGGGCACAGUCAACAAGAGGUGACAACGAAGGAGGCUGCUUUAGACGGGGUGCUGGCUGCACUGCAGAGGGUGAAGGAAGAGCUGGAAGAAGUGCAGAAGUCAUCAAGGCAAAGAUACCUGCCUGCAGGUUGUGAGAUGGCGUUGCUCUUCCCAAUGCGUUCCCGUCGGAUCUACACUGCCGUCAUUCCAGCUGUCCCUCUGUCCCUGUCCUCUUUCACUGUCUGCAUGUGGGUCAAGCCAACCACUGUGUCUAACAAAACGGUCCUUUUCUCCUACGGAAACCGCCGUAACCCGUAUGAGAUCCAACUGCUGCUCGCCCAAACCUCCGCCCUUUUCACAGUGGGAGGAGAAGCUCACCUGGUGGAGGAACGAGAUGUGGUGAAUCCGGGACAAUGGACCCACCUGUGUGGAGCUUGGUCUUCUGGGCAGGGCCUGGCGACACUGUGGGCAGAUGGUAAGAAGGUUGCAUCCUCGCCCGGUGUGGCCGAAGGACACGUCCUACCAGACGGAGGUUCGGUCCAACUGGGACAGGAGAGGAAUGGCUGCUGUGGGAGCGCUGUUGCUGGGUUUGAGGAAGGAUUCGAUCCAAAGCUGGCGUUUGCCGGGAAGAUGACUGGGGUGAACAUGUGGGACAGCGUGCUGACAGAGGAGGAAAUUUCCCAGCUGGCUUUGAGGCAAGGCCAGGGCUGUGAGCAGAGAGGGAGUAUGGUGGCAUGGGGCGUGACGGAGAUGGUGCCACAUGGAGGUGCUCAGUUCAUUCACUGAUUCACAUCCAUCAUGAUCCAUCGCAAAAAUCAUUUCAACCUGAAAUUGAGGACACUUUCAUCUCCUCUGUUACCAAAUCUACAGAUUUUUAUUACAAAGACUGCAAUGUACAUCUUUGUUGAUAUUUCCAUGAGCUAGACCAAUACUGUGAGACUAAACUUUUUAAAAAACAUAUCACUUUGCAUUUACACACAUUCACACGUUCAGUUCAGAAAACGUGUGUUGCUGCAGGAAAAACGUGCUGCAAUCAGCAAUUACCAAAGAUUUUCAUUAGAGUGCGAGCUAGACAACAAGUCUUUUGUUAAGCUGAGACACUCCUGAGCCAGUGAACACAGUGAUGAGCAGACAUACAAACUGGGAAGGUGAAGAGGAGGUCCUCCUUUGAUUGUAGGACGCUGCAUAUCUCCCUCUUUUCUUUUAUGCUUUGUACAGAAACAGCAAGUGCAGUUAAACGAGUCCCAACUAUGUUAUUAUUACAACUGCAGGCAGAGGUAACAUCUAUAUUAACAUUACUUCUAAUAAUGCAACACAUAUAUAACUUCUACUGUUUGCAGCACUUGCACGACUGCAUAUCGGCUGUACUUGCCUUCAUUUUCAACCCGAACAACAAAGUGGUUUUAUUGUUUUUAUCUCCUCCACAUUUGUGCAAGAUUUAAAAUGACUUUAAAACUCUAAGUGUUUACAUUAUUAUGUUACAUAACAUUGUUUUUGCUAUUAUUGCUCAUUUAAUUGUAUAACUUUUGUCAUUUUUAUAUUAAGUGUAAACCAGUUCUUUUGAAUUAUAGAAAGUGAGAAUAAUGUUUGCAAGCUCUCAUCUUGUAUUCCUACUCUUGUAUAGCUCAUUUGCUUGUAUUAUACUGUAAAUUGCAUUUGUCAAAGUGAAAAGCAGAAUGUAUUUUGUACAUAGAUAUUUUUGCAUAGCACGUGUGGAUGAGUGGAAGGUAAAGUAGGAAUAAACAGUUAAAGUGUCAA